AUGAACAAGAUAUAUGGUUUUGAGGGUGAGGUGCGCUCAAAGUUGAAUGAUACAUUUGUCGAACUAUUUGCAGAAGUAUUUUGCUGUUUACCUUUGGCUCAUGUGAUAAAUGAGAAAGUUUUCGUAGUUCAUGGAGGUCUUUUUAGUGUUGACGGUGUCAAACUCUCUGACAUUCGAUCAAUUAAUCGAUUUUGUGAACCUCCUGAAGAAGGGUUGAUGUGUGAAUUGCUCUGGAGUGAUCCACAACCUCUCCCCGGAAGGGGCCCAAGCAAGCGUGGUGUGGGCCUUGCUUUUGGAGCAGAUGUUACAAAUAGGUUUUUGAAGGAAAAUAAUUUAGAUUUAGUUGUGAGAUCUCAUGAAGUAAAGGAUGAGGGUUACGAGAUUGAACAUGAUGGUAAACUCAUAACUGUGUUUUCUGCUCCAAAUUACUGUGACCAGAUGGGUAACAAAGGUGCCUUUAUUCGAUUUGAAGCACCAGAUUUGAAACCCAACAUUGUCACAUUCUCGGCAGUGCCACACCCUGAUGUCAAACCAAUGGCUUAUGCAAACAACUUCCUCAGGAUGUUCUCAUGA